AUGGAACAGGUUGUAUCAAUGAAUAAUUAUAUUGAAAUAUCGACGGGCAGUCAAGAUGAAGGCCAGUGUUAUGCAAAACUCUUGUAUUCCCGUGAUGGUGCAUUGGAGAGGGAUGUUAUGAUAGUUGUCGCCAAUAUUAACAAAAACGAAUCAUAUCUACUCGAGGAUAUAGAAACCGUUCCCGGAUUCCUUAGAAUAAAAUGGAACACUAAACUAAAAUCAUCUGGCGUACCAAAGGGGCAACGAUACAAUCACUUGUAUGUUGAUGGAAUGGGCAUUAAAGAGGUCAUAUAUGAAAAAGACCAACAAUAUUCAUUAGAUGAAAACUUAGUUAACGUUGGACGUAUACUGGUUCCCAAACCAUGUUUGGAACAGGCGUCAAUACCCAUUUGUUUUCUAGAUGAGUUUUGUCUAGAAUCAUUUGAGUCAAAUGUGCGGACGAUGCAGCUGAUUAUCGAAACAAACAAAAACAAAUUAACCUGCGAAGUUUGUGAAGAUCUACUGGCAUCAGCUCACCUUUCAAAAACGAUGUAUUCAUCAAAUAUGGACGAAAUGUUUAGUUGUGAGAUAGAAAAUAAAAUCAGUCCUACCAUAUGUGGUGCUAAUCUCUGCAAACCUUUGUAUUCGAUAUGUUUUGCCCCCGCAUUCGGUAUACCAUAUUCAUUUGAGAUGAAGCAGAAGAUAAGUUGCAUAUUAAAAUAUUACCACUUGUCAAAGUCGAUUUUAUUUUCGUUAAACACUUACAAACAUCUAUCUGUCUUAGCCAACGAGCAGCGUCAUCCGUUCCAAGAACAUGUAUUGCGUGAUACUGUACCGGCCAUCUGUUUGAAUUUUUCGUAUCCACCUGUACUAGAAUGGUUUUUAAGUCGAUGCCAGCAACAUGUACGUUUGAAUAAAUUAAUCGACGGUAGUAAAUGCAGGGUGUACCUUGUGGCAAAGUGGUCACAAAAAACACCUGACACGGAUGCUCGAUUUGAAUUCCGCUACUCAUUUUCACUUACUGAAAAAUUUUUGACAAAACAACGUCGUCCAAAAGAAAAACUUGUUUGUUCUUUGGCAAGAAAGUUUUAUUAUAAAAUAUUACGAGAUAUUCAUAAAACGUCAACAGAGUAUUUGAAAUCAUAUAUAAUCAAGACAUCAAUAUUGUGGCUAUGUGAGCUAAAUGAUCUUGAGGAACAGACAACGAUGACGAUCACUGAAAUGAUAUCACUAUGGAUCGAGUACAUGGUAAAUUGUUUCAAAGAUCGAUAUCUUCCGCAUUAUUUCAUUAAUGGUAUGAACUUACUACAAGAUUAUGACGAUUCUUUAAUUGAAAUGAUACAGCAUGCUCUGCAAACUGCCAACAUAGAAUACUUAAUCAAAUCUUUCGAUUAUAAAACAUUCGAGUCGAUCGGUUCAGUCAAUUAUCAUCGCCAAUUGUUACACGAACUGAAAGAGUUCAUCGAAUCAAACCCAAAAGUUCGAGAUAAAAUGAAACAAGUAUUUUGUGCAUCCAUAGCUAAACGAUUUUAUGAUGAUGAAGUGAAUACUAGACCGGAUUUAUUAGAGACAAUUUUUGAACUAUGGACAUGUUGA